AUGUUCACAGCCAAUGAAAAUUUCAAACAAAAUCCUUCUUCCAAAGAAUUUGUCAAGGUUAUUGGUACAAGUUUUGUUUUGAAUGAUAAAAAUUUGUAUGUUGUUGGAGCUAAUUAUUGGCAAGCAAUGAAUCUUGGAAUGUCAAAUAAAACAAGAGUUUUAAAAGAUUUGGAGGUAUUGAAAAAACAUGGAAUAAAUUGUGUUAGAAUUAUGGCCGGAAGUGAAGGGCCAGACGGUGAACCAUAUAGAAUGCGUCCAGCAUUGAUGAAUUCACCGGGGGUAUAUAAUGAAGAAGUUUUUCAAGGACUUGAUUGGUUCUUGGAUCAAUUGAGAAAAUAUGAUAUUACAGCAAUAAUGACAUUAUCAAAUUAUUGGCAUUGGUCUGGUGGCUUUGCACAAUAUGUUAAUUGGAUAGAUAAAACCACGCCAAUACCAUAUCCAAAGUGGGGAUCAGAAUUUUUAGAUUUUGAAGAAUAUGCAGCAAGAUUUUAUUCAGAUGAAAAGAUUCAAAAGGAAUGUCAACAAUUAUAUCUAAACCAUGUUGAAACUGUUAUUAAUCGCCGUAACAUGAUUAAUGGUGAAUUUUAUCGAGAUGACCCUGUUAUUUUUGCAUGGGAGCUUGCUAAUGAACCACAACCUCCGAUUUACCAAGGAACCAAUGAUAAACAUCAUCAUGAAAUAUUUUUUAAUUGGAUUGACUCUACUGCAAAUUUUAUUAAAUCCUUGGAUCCUAAUCAUUUAGUAUCUACAGGAGUUGAGGGUAAACAUGGGAAAGAUUGGUUUAUCACAAGUCAUCGUAGCAAACAUAUAGAUUUUACCAGUGCUCAUGUUUGGGUUGAAAAUUGGGGUUAUUAUAAUUCGAGUGAUCCAAGUGAAGAAAAUUAUCAAAAAGCUGAAAAUUUUAUGAUUGAAUUUCUUGAGAAUACUAGUGAUUGGUCCACUAACAUAUCAAAUAAACCGAUUUUAUUAGGAGAAUUUGGCAUGGCAAGAGAUGGAUGGAAAGAUAUUUCAAAAUAUGAUCCACGUGCCACAACAAAAAAUAAGGAUAGAUAUUUCAAAGCAAUUGCUGAUAAGGUUUUGCAAUUAGAAAAACAAAAAAGAUUUUCAGGUCUUGCAUUUUGGGCAUUUGCUGGAUUAGCCAGACCAACUGAUUCAAUACCACAAUGGUUAGGUGAUCCACCGCAUGAACCCCCAGGAUGGUAUUCUGUCUACGAUACUGACCAAAGUACAUUAAAUAUUUUUGCCGAACAUGCUCGUAAUGUUGAUUUGAUUGAAUGA